AAGUUCAGUUCUAUCGUCUCUGUUAAUAAUCCACACACGUGCAUAAUGCUGGCGCCCAUGGCUUCUCUUACGCUAGAUUAUCCUACCCUAGUCCUCUGUCUCGUCUUCGUACUUUCAUGCAUCUUCGUCGUUGUUAGGAGCGUCGGCAAGGACGGCGCCGUACGUGGAGGAGCGCCACCUUCUCCCUGGGCGCUACCCAUCAUCGGCAACCUGCACCAGCUCGGCCGGGGCCACCACCACCGGAAGCUGCAGGCUCUGGCCCGGCUCUACGGCCCAAUCUUCCUCCUCCGCCUCGGCUCCGUCCCCACGCUUGUGGUCUCCUCGCCGUCCCUGGCCGACGCCGUGCUCAGGACCCAGGACCACAUCUUCUGCAGCCGACCACAGCAACACACGGCUCGCGGCACGCUCUACGGCUGCCGGGACAUGGCCUUCGCAACCUACGGCGAGCGCUGGCGCCAGCUCCGCCGCAUCGCCGUCGUGCACCUCCUCAGCGCGAAGCGCGUCGACUCCUUCCGCUCCCUCCGGCUAGAGGAGGCCGCGGGCUUCGUGGAACGGAUCCGCGCUGCCAGCGCCCGGGAGGAGGGAUCCGCGGUCAACGUGACCGAGCUCAUCAUCAGCCUGACCAACACCGUUAUCUCUCGAGCGGCGUUCGGGAAUAGGCUCGGCGGGCUGGAGCCAGCGAUGGUCCGCGGCAUGAUGAAGGAGCUCACGGAGCUGCUCGGGGCGAUCGCCGUUGGCGACGUGCUGCCGUGGCUCCGGUGGGUGGACUGGGCGACGGGUCUCGACGCGAGGGUGAAGAAGACGGCGGCUGAGCUCGACGGUAUGGUGGAGAGGACGCUGGCGGAGCACGAGGCGAGCCGAGGAAACGAAGACAGCCGCGAGGCGGGCGACCUCCUCGACAGUCUGCUCUCAAUCUAUAAGGAUGGUGAUCAUGGGUUCACGCUGGACAGGAUUGAUGUCAAGGCGCUCAUAUUGGACAUGUUCAUAGGAGGCACGGACACGAUCUACAAGGCGAUAGAGUGGACGAUGGCUGAGCUCGUUAAGAAUCCAAGAGAAAUGGAGAAGGUUCAAGUAGAGGUGAGACAAGUAGCUGGUGCUCAUGGAGGAGUCCUCGAGGAGGAGCUGGAAAAGAUGAGCCUCCUGCACGCAUCCAUGAAGGAAGCGCUGCGAUUACACCCGCCGAUCCCCCUCAUCCCGCACGAGUCGAUUGAGGACACCCAACUGCAUGGAUACCACAUCCCAGCCAAGACCCAGGUGAUGAUCAACGCGUGGGCGAUAGGCAGGGACGGCGAGUGGUGGGAGGACGCUGAGGAUUUCCGGCCAGAGAGGUUCUUGGAUACGGCCAUUGACUUCAGCGGCAAGGACCCCCGGUACGUACCGUUUGGCGCGGGGAGGAGGGGAUGCCCCGGUAUCGCUUUCGGGACGCGCCUCGCGGAGCUCACCCUCGCCAACAUGAUGUACCAUUUUGAUUGGGAGCUGCCCAAGGGCAAGGACCUUGAUUCAUUUGAGGUUGUUGAGUCCAGCGGCUUCGCGCCUGCGCUCAAGUCACCUUUGAUCCUUGCGGUAACACCUAGGUAAGCAUGCGUGGACUACAUUCAAAUCAGGGACUCAGGUUCCGUUUUCGAUCCUUUAUUACUCAGCCUAAGCUCAAUGGGCGAAAUUCACACUUCUAAGCCUGUAGAGAGGACGAUAAAUAUAAAUAGUACCAUGCAUUAACUUUUA